AUGGAGUCGACGGAAACGGUCGUCGAUGAGGAGAGGAAGAGGCGGCCCCCGCUGCUGCGACGACACACGCUGGGCACGUCGCCGCCAGCUGGCCACCUGGGCGGGGGCGGCGAGCGGCGGCGGGUGGCACGGGCGGCCUCAGAGGACAGGUGGGCGGCGGGGCGUGGCGGUGACAGCACCCCAUGUACCACGAAGAGAGGAUCCACACAUGCGUCUUCCAUAGUGGCGAGGGCCCGCCGCCUCGCCUGGUCUGGCAUUCCUGCGCCGGACGUAAAAACAGAAACAGCAUCGACGUUAGCUAAAGCCAGCAAGCGAAGGAGUCUCGCCAGACCCCAGAGUUGCGGCACUCCAAUCUCGGGCGUAAUACCAUUCCAGGAUGUGACUCUCACUCUACCAGAAGCCCAACAUCGUCCUUUGGGAAGUGACAAGUUAGAGCCAGAGGCAACAGCUCUGCCAGCAACCAUCGCUAAGGUAGAGGUUGAGAGCCAGGCGAGGGACGAGAAUGACCAACACACCAAGACCUCAACGAAGGUGAUCCGUUCAGUUUCCUCUCCGGAUAUUUUCUACACAGGUCCCCCUAAACUAGCCAGCUACACAGACGAAUCUCAAAACAGGAAGCUGGAUCUUGAGCCUUAUGACGGUCUUGUCAUCCAGAAAGCUCCCUUGAUAACGCAGGAGGCGAAGCGGAUUGAACUUUCAGACGAAGGUGACGAGGCAGAUGAAGAAGAUAAUGCAUCGGAACCUCAGGCAGACUCCACACUUCGUGGAUACCGGUCUAGGAACGGCUUCGGCUUCAUUCCCUUUAGUAAAAUGUUUACUAAACCUCUGAGAGCGUCACUGCUGCGACGCUCGUCACAAUCUUCGCAAGGGGAGCCAAACCUUGGCGUGGAAAAUACCUUCCAGACGUUGAGUGAGUCUGAGAGAGACGUUAUAAAGAGGACUCGGAGCGCUCUGAAGCAGAGAAUUAACUCCGCCAACAACAAAAGCGCUUGCAACGGCAAGAAGAAGAUCCAGCUAAGCAUUGUAGUUAAUGCUCAAGGGGAUACGGACGAGAGCGCUCAAGCGUCAGAUGAGAACAACGAGGUCCCUCAGCUAUCCUUCACACUACAAGACUGCACUGCAGAAAGACAAAGCAAGACCAAAUCUUCCAGACACAACGACCGCGAGAUGCCGCCACCGCCGACUAAAACAUCUAGCGUCUCGAGUCUCUCGAGAAAGAAGUCCAGGACCAAGACUGAACCGAAAGUGUCAACAACGAUAACUAAGAAGGCAAAGAAGAAGGAAAUACCAACGAUAAUGUCAGAAAUUAGCCCCGUACCCAGCGACGUGGAGCAGGGACUCGACUCUAACCAACACGGGCCGCUGGCGGAGAUGCACGCUCUCCACAUCAGAAAGAGAGCGAGUUCGACUCUCCCCGACGAUGGUUGCGGCACCGACGCCCGGGAUCGGGGCUACGACAGUACCCCCGACGGCCUCUUCGCCCCGGCGCGCGGGGAACUGCUGCAGACGAUCAUCAACGAAUCCAGCAUGUAUGCCCCGGUCAGCCAAACGUGGAGAGGGAGAAAGAUGCACCUUGAAGUGAGGAUCAGGACGGACCGAGCGAUGGUGUCCACGGAUGAGGACGAAGUCAGCGAGAUCGAAGACCGAAGAGGACCCGCCAGCCACAGACGAGCCAGAACAAUCCAACGGUCGCAUGAGCUGGAUCCACCGAGUGCCAGGACUCCUGCUGCCGCUACUGAUGCCACUAGGACACUGCCUCACAGAGGAGCCCGAGGCACGGUGCUGCCUGCCAACGCACGCCCACAGCCCCAACACGCCCACACCGCCGUACUCAGGGCCAAGGAGAGAGACAAACUCAGGCAGAUCCUAGAGGUGUGCUCAGACAAGGUGGAAGAGUCCAAACAUCUCAGACGACGACUAAGGGCCGGCGGAGUCUGGGUCUCCCUUGACACCCUACAGAGAGGAUUGAUGUCCCCGACGGAGUACCGGGUGUAUCAGGACCACCUGAGGUCUCUGGAGGAGAAAGAGCAACAGAAGAAGAGACCUAUUAGAAUGAGCACCUCUCCGUCUAAGAGGUGACCGGAGGAGGCUCUGAGGUCUUGCUGGAGACAGUCUGGAUCUCGAGGCUUUGUCAGGCGUAAACAUGGGACCUGAAUAACAAAACGUCCUGGGGCGAGAUUCACGAAGCAGUUACGCAAGGACUUACGAACUUGUACAUCUUUUCUCAUUCUUUGUUUACAAUUAU